CUGCGCUCUGCUCAGCUCGUGUUACAGUUGAGCCCGAGCUGCCUCACUCAUCGGAGCUCAGAGUCGUACGCGAUUUUUUUCUAAAAAACAUAUACCGGCAUGGAAUUGCUGGCAAGCGGAUUUCGAACCUGCGAGCGAGCUGGUGAGCAGCUCUAAUCCUCACGAGAUACUUUUGGUGUCCGAGCAGCGACAAACAAGGCGUACAGUAGAUUUACGCGCUGGCCACGCAUUAUGCCCGAGUUGGACUAGAGACUAUCCUGCUGGAGCGCAACACGCACGCGGAACGGCGCUGAGAGCCGGGAGGGAUAUUUACAAUAGAAACUCAAUUCAUUUGCAAAGAAGAAUAGCUGGGGGAGGAGGAGUGAAAGAUAACACUGGAAUGAAGUGGACCUCGGGAUUCCCAGCGUGCUGCGGAGUUGUGACUGAUGGAUGAAUGUGGUCAUCUGUAGGCUAUAUACAGCGACAGGUACAGGCACCGUCAGGGGAGCGUUGACAAAGACACGGCGCAGCGCUUCAUCGGCAUCCGCAUCGCCAGAUUGUGUCUCCAGAAACUGUGCAAUUGCUUAAAACUGCUCAGUCGCACAUCAGAUUGUAUCGCUGAGUUGUCUCUACUGAGUAAUUAGGUCGCGAGGGGCUGUUUUUGUCUCAGCUACAGGUCAACCAGGACACUCGGGGGCUGCUUUCCUCCCAGAUCCUAUCGAGAACCAGGGGCUUCUUCUCAGGUCCGGCGGACAGUUCAGUCAAGGACACGGGGGCCUGGAGCAGAUUUUAAGAAGUCGGACAGAAGGACAUGUAUCUGAUAUCGACCUCACAUGCUCCCGACUGAUCGUAGCUCACCUUCCCACCGAGCGAACCACAGAUAGAGGCUGCCAGGCGCACCGUCCGACGCUCUGAGUUAUCGGCUCACUGUCUCUACGUUUAUCAGAAUGGCGGGACUCGGCUGUUGGAAGUAUUAUCUCUGGAUCUUUAUUUUAAUGUGCAGGUCGGCGUUACCUUCAGCAAAAUCUCUGGAGACUAUAAUUUGGAGCUCACAGAAUUCCAAGUUUCUGGCUGGAAAGGGACUGGUGAUCUAUCCAGACAUCGGGGACAAGCUGGACAUCAUCUGUCCCAAAGCGGACCAAGGCAGAGACUAUGAGUACUACAAGCUGUAUCUGGUGAAGAGGGAGCAGGCAGAGAGCUGCAGCACAGUCCUUGAUCCUAACGUUCUGGUCAACUGUAACAAACCGGAGAAAGACAUCAAGUUCACCAUCAAAUUCCAGGAGUUCAGCCCCAACUACAUGGGCCUGGAGUUCAAGAGGAACGUAAACUACUACAUCACCUCAACCUCCAAUGGUACAGUCGAGGGCCUGGAGAACCGGGAGGGAGGCGUGUGCAAGAGCCGAGCCAUGAAAGUCAUCAUGAAAGUCGGGCAAGUCCCAAACGCAGCGAACCCUGCGGUGCCGGAGACUCCAGAAGACAACGCCAUACCGGAGUCCAGUCCCAGUCCGUCUGACCAGGGUCAUAUUGGACCCGAAAUGCCAGGAAACCCUGACCACAUGAAUCAGGACCAGUCUGGUUCCUCGGGCAACUCGGACAGCAUCCUCAGCUCCAAAGUGGCCUUGUUCUCCGCCAUUGGGGCUGGCUGCAUCAUCUUCCUCCUGCUCAUCCUCCUCCUUGUCAUCCUGCUCAUCAAGAUGCGCAAGCGUGCCAGGAAAAAUGCCCACUCACAGCCCCGCCCCUCGGCGCUGUCACUCAGCACGUUGUCCAAUCCCAAGCUGCCCGGGGGCACUGCUGGCACAGAGCCCAGCGACAUCAUCAUUCCGCUGCGGACAGAGAACAACUACUGCCCUCACUAUGAGAAGGUGAGCGGUGACUAUGGCCACCCCGUCUACAUUGUCCAGGAGAUGCCCCCGCAGAGCCCUGCCAACAUCUACUACAAAGUCUGACAAAGUCUCUGCACAGCCAGCGACACAGUCAGGAGAAAGAAAGAGAGGAGCGCUUGAUUUAUGUUCUUGGGAAGAACACUUUCCUUUGCAUUUUGGGGACUUGAUGCUUCUUCAAGCCCAUGUUAUUUCUACCACCUGCUGCACAAAUCUGGAGAGAUGCACACUGACCAGUAACCAGCGGGGAUCUGAGCUGACCGAUGAGAAACAUUUAUUCUGUUUGUUUGGGUUGUCUGACAACCUCCACCCCACAUACCUGUCCUCCUCCUCCUCUCACCUCCCACCUUCUACAUGUCCCUGCUGUUCUCUGAUAGGGGGCGGGGCUGAUGGGACUCUAGCUUCCUGGUUCGCUGCCCUCUUUAACAGGCAGGAUAUAACUUAUCUCAGUUCCCUGGAGUACAGUCUGUGCUACACCCAAUUAAACACACCAUCUUAACACACUAGCCAGGAACAGGCAGACACAGGCCCUGGAUGCCGCUCAGCCUGCAGUUUGUGUGCAAGCAUAAAACGAGUGUGUGUCUCUGCGUGCAUGUGUGCGUGUGUAUGUUAGUCAGGGCUCCGCGCUGGGACAGGAAACUCUCCAGAUAGCUCAGGUAUCAGACACAGUGUGUGAAAUAAUGUGUUCCUUUCCCUUCGCACCUCUGAUGUUUGCCUUACUUACUAUUUUUGAUGGAGGAUUUCCUCAAACCCUGAUUCAGUUCACAAAGCAGUUGUAUUUUGUUAGACUUUUCCUAAAAGUGCACAAUGUAUAGAAUUGAAUAGAUCAUUAUUACUUCAUUUACUCACCACCAAUGUCAUCCAUUGCACUCUUUUUUUCCUGGAAAGUACCUUGACCUGGACUAUUGAUAUCAAGGUGUGGUUGUGUGUGUGUCUGUGCACUCACGUGCGUUUGUGAGAAUACUCCCUACUCCAUUGGUCUGAUAUGAGCUUUACCAUUACUCUGGUAUUUAUGACCCACUUGUGUGUAUUUGAGAGUGUGUCCUCUGAGCGUGUGUGUCUGCAUGUGCACGUUUGGGCCUGUCCAGACCAGUCUUGUUUCUGGGCAGACGUAUUGGCUUAGGGCUAGAACACUAAGUUACUGUAUUGUCAGCUUCAAAAGCAAUACAGACAGACUGACAUGCUGACAGACAGAAAAGCCUGAGAUCUUACAAAACCCCUCCAGUGCUCCAGUUGGCACAAGCUGACGGUUUUAUGUGUCUGAUGAGCUUUCGGGGAGAUGGUUUUUAAGACAACAGGCAGGUUGAUAUUUGUUUGUUCUAGCUUCUGGUGCAACGAUAGAAGCAUCAAACAGUUAGUUUUGUGCCUGCUGCCUAGGCGAGGUGGGCGUAGGUUGGAUUGUCGGAACUGAUUGGUUGGCCUACAUAGGGUAGGAUGCCCUAUAUUAAAGUUGGAUCACGAGCUACGGCUGAACAUUGGGGUACAGUUUUGUCAGAUGCCAAUUGGCUGCCAUCUGUAGAUGAGUCAGUGGAGUGUGCAGUCAGUGGCAUCGCCAGCGUGUGACUAAUCUAUGUGCCAUCUUCGUGCCCACACUCACCAGCCGGGGAGGAGAGAGAGCGAGAGCAGUGGAUAAAGGAGAAAAUGUUCCUGUGACUUGGCUUUAACCUAAGAGGAAGAUGGCAGUGUGGAUGGGGAUGGCUGGGGGCGGGGGAUAGAUGGGUGAGGUGUGGGGUGCAGGUAGUUUAGCAUCAAUUUUUUUCAUCCUCUCACCAGUUUUGCUGUGAUUAAAAAUGCUGUGCAGAACAUUCCUCUGUCAAGGUGUUCAGCCAGCGAGGACACUGCAGCUCAGCUAUCACACAGCCCAGGGCAGCAGCACCGAGACAGGAUUUACUGCAGCUGGAUGUGUGCAUGUGUGCACACCGAUGCUAGCUUUUAGGGUGUUUGAAUGUGUGUGUGUGUGUGUGUGUGUGUGUGUGUGCACACAUAGAUGCUCCUAUAUGUGAGUACUUAUUUGUGCUUAUAGCUGCAGUUUUUUCCUCUGCGUGUGUGUGUAUGUUUAUGUGCAUGUGUACGUGUAUGUGUCUAUUUGUGAAUACUUCUGUGGUGUAGCAGCUGAAAGACCUGUUUUGGGACUGGAUCUAGGUGCUCCAAACAGUGUGGCUGCCAAGGUAUGGAACGCCGCAGUCCCAGUUAAUGAUGUGUGAGAGGAGAGGGGAGCAGAUAAGGACAGCUAUUCCUCAGCACGCAGACACGAGCUGACGUUUGAUGCACAUGUGCGCACACGCGCGCAGACACACCGAGACUGACGAGUCCAGGUUUAUCUCCAGUCAAACGGUCUGACUGCCGGUUUAUGUUUAUUCACCGGCAGAGACACCUAUCAUCCGCUGCCACAUACUAUUGCCAUCCACGGAUAUAUGCUGCUGAGUUAAAAGGCAGCCCAGCUUGAAGACUCGGGGAAGACUCCAGUAGCUUUUGUGUGUCGUUAACCUCAGAGUUAACAACCUAAACAGCUGCUUGUGCUUUUGCGGCUCUGUGUUUUAACUCAGCAUGCAGCCCUCGGUGGCCCUCUGUGAAACACAUCUAGAUCAAAUGUUUUUGUUUCGGAUCGGUGCGCAUCCAUUCACCUACACCAGCCAAGGGAGUCAUUACCAAAUAACCACAAACCAUAUCUCAUUUUUAUUCAUUCUUGUGACCACUUAAUGUUAUUCAGAUUUUUGAGGGGAGACAAAAAAAUUAAAUGAGAAAGAAGUGUAAAUAUAUGGAUAGAACCCAAUUUAAGAUGUAAUUUCACCUGAACACUGCUCAUAAGAAAAAUUUAAGAUUAGAUUUUUGUAAUGGAGGAUGUUUGUAAAUAGCUGUCUUUUUAAAGUGUGUUUUGUAUGAAUCCUUGCAUUUUUGUCUCUGUUUGCAAUAUGUUUUUUUUUUCUUUUCUUUUAGAGGUAAACUGAAUAUUGCAUUGGACACAGGAUUUGUCAUUUUUUGCAGUGUCCAGUAUUGUCAAAAAGUCUUUGUUACCACACGUGUUAGAAAAUGGGGUUCAGAGUUUGUACAUCGCCAUUCAACAGGAUUCUAGUUGUUCAGAAACUGUUCGGGACCGAAGCUUUGUCAUCACGCGGCUUUGAAAUGAAUAGGUCAUUGAAACUAUGAAUGAUAAGGCCCCUUCCCUGUUGGAGACAGCACUUAACUCUGCAUAUGAAGACUGUGUUACUCCACUGCCUUUGAGUUAUGUACACCUUCCACUCCAUUAUAAGAUGUAACAAAACAUUUUGGUCCAGAAAGAUUAAUCGUAUCUCAGUUUUAAUAAGUGUAUUGGGUCCGGCAGAGAGAGACGUAGAGAGAGGUGGGGAGAGAAAGAAGAAAAGAGGCUACAUAUGAGAGUGUGACCGUACUGCGCUCGCUAAUAAAUCAUCCGGUUUACACCACUCAUUAUCUCCCAGGCGGUCCUUUGUUUUAAAGUUGUUCUCUUCCCUCCUUUCCUAAUUUAGCACAAGGAUGUUGGUCGCUCAGCCUCACUAUAGGUUGAUUUCUGCUAUUGUUCAAAGCCACAGUAUUAUUUUUCAAUGUGCAUGUGUAAGCAAAACCUGUUGAAUUUGUUUCCCUUUGUUUGAAUCAUAACUGUCAAGUUUUGUUAUUUUAUUUUGUUUCAUUUUAUUUUAUUUUAUUUUAUUUUUUUUGCCAUUCACUUUUUUGCCGCUUCUCAGCGUAACCUAUUGGCACCAGCUACAAUGGAAAUAACGUUCCACCAGUUUGGAAACUACAGCAUAUUGAUAAAUAAAAUUUUUCCCAUGGAACUUGUUCUGAAGAAA